AGGUCUAUGCUACUAGUGAAUGAGAGUUGUGCGCAGCGCGUACACGCGUGCACUUUUCCAUUAUUUGUCAUCAAAGAUGGCGGUGUUGACGUCAUGUGCAACCCAUCUAUACCGCAAAAUUAAGAGCAGGUCAAGAAUUGAGCGACAUAUUUAUAAUACUCUGGUUUGUAGAACUGUGGACCAUUUGUAAUAUGCGAUUUUGUUCUUCUUGUUUACUAGAUGAGGAUGGAAAUGUUACGUAAAAAGACGUUACUCAUCUUAGCGACGCUCCAUCUGGUAACAGCACAGGUCACCAUGCCCCAUCUAUGCCUUAUGGCAUACUGUCGAUGUGACAGACGGACCAGGGAGGUCUCCUGCUUGGAUAAUAUGUUCACUGAAGUCCCAACCGAGAUUCCUUACUCCACCAGGACCCUCCAACUCAUAGGCCAGAAUUUCACCGUCUUGGAGAGGAUUUCCUUCACCACAAUGCGCAGUCUCAGGAAGCUAAAGCUUGCUAGGGAUAACAUACGGAGAGUGAUGGAUGACGCCCUCAGCAAUGUGCCUAAACUCAAACGUCUUGACAUGAACACUAACUUCCUUGAGAGGGUUCCCGCCCCAGUGUCGAGAAUGACGUCACUGAAGGAACUCAUCCUGCACACAAAUCAUAUUAGUUCCUUGGAGGUGACCACCUUCGCUAACCUGACGCAACUGCAGAUUCUUGAUCUCGAUGGCAACAGGAUCAUUGAUCUUCCGGUUGGUGUCUUUGCCCAGUUGUGGCAACUUGCUAUUCUUUACCUCUCAAACAACUCCAUAAGUACCCUGUCGGCUGAGAUGUUUGGCAACCUGUCUCGACUGGAGGAACUGCAUCUAACCCAUAACAGGAUCCAGCGUGUGUCACCAGGAUGGCUGAGCAGCAUGCCCAAUGUGUGGGUUCUUGAACUAGGCUCUGCCCUCAAUCACGAGUUCCCAGAUGCGGGUAAGAAUCUACUCACGACCGCCGGUACAGACUUCUUGUCAAACGUAGAGCGCCUUGUGGUGAGUGACAACAACCUCUCAGAGAUCCCAUGCGAGCAAUUUGGUAGAUUUCCUUACCUGACGCACCUGGAUCUUAGCUUCAACUCGAUUCAGGGCAUUCCACAGGCUUGUUUUAUGAGGCUUACCCGACUAGUACUCCUGGAACUCAACAAUAAUGCAAUAACGUCUUUGGAAUACGGAGAUUUCUUUGACUCCUACAGUAUCUGGACGCUGGACCUCUCGGGUAAUUUUAUCGAGGAGCUCCCUCCAGGUGUGUUUAGGGGGUCCAGCCUGGGAAGCCUCGACCUUAGUUUUAAUUCAAUACGUAGACUUAACAACGAAAGCUUCAUCGCCUUGGAUUAUCUCAUGGAGCUAUUCCUCAGUAGCAAUAUAUUAGACAAGCUACCCAAGUCGGCUUUUAGACCCCUGUUGUCCAUUGAUCUAAUAGAUCUCCGCUGGAACCAUCUGACGCGAAUAACGAACCAGUUCAGCAACAUGACGACACUCACGAACUUAGGAUUGAGUAGGAACUCCAUAGCGCGUAUAUCGCCAGAAGCCUUCCAAGGUUGCACGAAUCUCCGUGGUCUGUUCCUGGACAGCAACCGCCUGAGCACCGUCUCAGAGGAGACCUUUAAACUGCCUAACUUGGUGGAUGUCAAACUGUACGAUAACCCAUGGCACUGUGAUUGCCGAAUCAAGUGGAUGCGAGAGGCCAUGUCGAAGCCCAAGAAACACCCGUGGAUGGUAUACACGGACGCACAGGGUGUUGAAUCCUACAAGGGUAUUGUGUGUGCCUCACCCACCGCCUUCGAAAACAUCUCCAUGUUUUUGAUCAAGGAUGACGAAACAUUCAGGCUAAUCUGCACAUCCUAUGUGUCGCCACUAGCCAUUGAGUUUAUUGUAGGUAUCUCAUUUGCUAUCAUUGCGUCCAGUACGCUGUGUUACGUCGCCAAGUUGUACUGUAAAGUCAGGGAGAUGGAGAGAAGCGGUGCUGAAACGGGAAAGUGUUUGUCGUAGUGACGUCAUCAUGUACAAUAGAACCUUAAUUUCAUCUUGUACAGUAAUAUUGUACUGCUUGUCUAUCGGCAUUUCAACCUUGACCGUUUAAGAAAUUGCUAUUACCAAUUGGAAUUAAUUUACUGUAGAAAGCAAUGCUGCUUGGAAUACAUUUCUCAAACAUUACUAAAACAUGACAGUCGGCUUUCAUGCAUUGUGCAUGAUGUAUGGAUGACGUCAAGAAAACCUAGUGUGACUAUUUUCAAUCCUCUGGUAUAGGUUUUUUGUAGCUGUUCAGGAAAAACCUCCUUUUAAACUCGGCUGUGGGGCCAGAUGGUAAACAG